CGCUCAACUUGAGAUAGAGAUGAAACACAUUUCCAGUAGAUGUACGUAAUCUGGCAAUCCUAUUGAGAGAUAAGUGAUGAUACUUACUAGCAGACGGCACUACAAAUAUACAUAGCCACUCAAAAAAAUAAGUUUAUCAAUAAGAAUUUUGCAAACUUAUUUAGAAGCUUAUAAGUUGAGUGCCAAUAAACGAAGCGUUAUCAUUUUAGUAUCAAGCUUGUUCUGUUAGCGUUCGGUGGCCUUGCGCUUGCCCAAUAUCUGGUGUCAAGAAAUACUAAAUAGUAGAAGAAAGCGGAACUAACUAAAAUAGUUUCGACAAGGGAUAUACAAGCCUUGAUUUUGAAAGCUUAAAAUGCAUACAAAAAUGCUCUUCGCUCUACUGGCAGUGCUGGUGGCACAAACGCCGGCAACCGAUGGCGCCAAAAUACUCGCCGUCUACACAUUUCCGGGCAAGAGUCACUACAUGAUGCAUCGUGUGCUGAUAAGCGAGUUGUUGAAGCACGGACAUGAGGUCACCAUGAUAACGGCACUAACGCUGAAACCAGAAAAAAUGGGCAGCAAUUACACGGAGAUACUCAUAGAGCCGGUUUAUGACUUUUGGUCGGAAAUAUACAACACAUUCGGCGGUAAAACGGUCUAUGACAUGGGCAAUGAAUUAGAUUUAUUCAUGAAAAUGUGUAUACUUCUUGGCCUCUCGACAACGGAGCAUGCGAUGAAACAACCGAAAAUACAAGCGCUCAUCAACGCCAAAGACACACAGGGUGUCUACGAUCUCUUGCUAGUCGAACAAUUCUAUCAGGAUGCAUUCUUGGCUUUGGCGCAUGUCUAUAAUAUACCCGUUAUAAGCUCGGCCACAUUUGGACAACAAACGUUUAUGAGUGAAAUGUUUGGCAUUAUAACACCCUGGUCAUAUGUGCCACAUGGCUAUUUACCGCUCACGGAACAUAUGAGCUUUUUGGAACGCGUACAUAACACGUACACCUCAUUGCGCAUGGACUUGGACCGCGAGUUUACCUAUUUUCCGAAAAUGGACGCGUUGGUGCAGAAAUACUUCGGACACUUGCCAAUUAACUUUCCCCGCAUCUCCGAAAUGAAUAGGAAUCUCUCAGCCAUACUGAUCAAUAACUACACACCAUUAUCGUCAGCUGGACCCACGACCGACAGCAUGAUCAAUGUCGGUGGCAUGCAUAUCUACCCGCCAAAACCAUUGCCCACCGAUAUACAGCAGUUCUUGGAUGACGCCGAACAUGGCGCCAUCUACUUCAGUUUGGGCAGUCAAGUGCAGAGCAAAGAUAUGCCUAUCGAAAAGUUACGCAUAUUCCUCAAUGUAUUCAGUCAGCUAAAACAGCGUGUGUUGUGGAAAUUUGAAAACGAUAGCAUUACGAAUUUACCCUCAAAUGUUAUGAUAAAAAAGUGGAUGCCACAGAGUGAUAUCUUGGCACAUCCUAAUGUGCGUGUUUUUAUCGCGCACGGCGGUCUCUUCGGCUCACAGGAAGCUGUCUACCAUGCCGUGCCCGUACUUGGUAUGCCUUUCUACUGCGAUCAGUACCUUAAUUUGAAAAAAGCCGAGGCCAAUGGUUAUGCCAUCAUGUUGGACUUCCAGACGCUUACAAGUGAGCAAUUAAAGAAUAGCCUCCAGCAAAUGCUGCAUAACAGCACAUAUCGUGACAAUAUUAAACGCUUCUCGGCCAUUUUCCACGAUCGGCCCAUGGGUCCACGUGAGACUGCGCUCUACUGGAUCGAUUACGUCAUACGUCACAAGGGUGCGCGUCACUUGCGCGCUGCCGGCUUGGACUUGAAGUGGUACCAAUUUUAUUUGCUGGAUGUGGUCGCUUUGGUCGUUGGUGCCGUUGCUGUUGCUCUUGGAGUUCUUGUUUUAUUGGUGCGCUGGAUCUUGCGGCGAAUCAGCGGUGAACAGAUCAAGCAGAAAGUAAAUUAGUAGAAUAUAAUUCUAUGAAUUGUUGUUGAUUUAAAAAUUAUAUAGUUAUGUGUAAUAAGUUCUUUAAUAUAUAUGUAAGGCUCAUUUUUAGCUAAUAGUUUUCUAAAAUAAAAAAAAAUUAAUAAGGAAAUAUUUAUAUUAAAUAUAUGCAUUUCUAAUAGGAAAUAACUCUAAAUUAUUAAACACUUAAAAGGUUGCGUUCUUGCUGUGCAAAAUUGUAAUGUAGUCGGCUCCCACGAUAAUUGAAUUUACUUAAGCGUAAGGGUACGCAAUUGCUAAAUGACUGGAGUCUGAACGCAUCUGCUAUGAGUACCUACUGCCGAACCUUAAUAUAGAUCUGUAAUGCCAACAAUUGAAACGUCUGACGGAAGAACUCCCCCAGAAAUGGUUACAUUUAGCCAAGAGUAGAGGAAUUAUGUUCCAUCAGGACCGCGCCGGCCACAGAUAUCGAUUGUGACUCGGAAGAAACUCAGUGAGUUUGGUUGGGAGAUUAUUAUAUAUCCACUUUAUAGCUUGGACCUGGCGCCAAAUGAUUACAUUAUGCCUGACAUA